AUGUUUUCCGAACACAAACAACGAAUGAGUAAUCGAAAACACCAACAGUCACCAAAAAGUCUGAAGAAUGUCCUGACCUGCCUACUUGUUACAAUACUGCUGUUGUUUGAAGGACACGGUAUAGGGGCAACACCCAUAACUAGAUUAAGACGACAAAAGUCGGAGCAGUACCAACAGCAGCAUCAGCAUCAUCUAAAUCACAAUCUUCCACAACAGUUGCUGCAGCAGCAACAACAACAACAAAAGUUUCCAGAAAAAAGUACUUCGGAUUGUGAGCACAAAAGUUUGGUUGAACUCAUCAAGACUAGUCCCAUAAUACUUAAAGCUUUGGGUUCCCACAUAUUUAGUCCGACUGAAAGCAACAACUACAACAAAAACAAUAACUACGAUGAAGAUGUUGAUCUGCCUGGCGGACAUAGUGACGAUGAUGUUUUAUUAUCGUCCUGGCAAAGUGAACGAAUUCAAUUUGCCAGAUACAAAGCGACUUCAUCAUCGUCAUCAGCAGCAACGUCAUCGUCGUCAGCAUCAUCAUCGUCGUCUGAAUCCUCAUCAUCAUCAUCGUUCGGUUCAUCCGCAUAUCCAGCCUCCCAGUUGAAUGCAAAAAGUCUACUAGAAGAGCACAUAGCGCAGACCAGACAAAAGCCAAACGGGCCAUAUUCCCUUGACAUGAUGACAGCAAAAAGUGACGCCAUUCUGUCCUAUUCAUCCCUGGAUAGUGAUGCCCUUUUAAUAACAUUAACACCGGACACCAUUUACAAAGGAGCUUCGCUUUUGAAAACGGCAACAAAUGCCGCAGUUACUCCAGCCAACACUCGAAAUGCAGGUAGUGGUGCUUUUGGCAGUGGCAACGGCAGUGGUGGUGGUAUCAAUUCUGCUGAUCCAGUUGAUGCAGCCAAUGAUGGUGACACAUUGUAUUCAUCGUCGGAAUCUGCGGUUGAGGGACAAUUAAAUGCAACCAUAGAACCAUUAUCGUGUUUCGAUGGGAAUUUAUUAAAAAUGUUGCCGACAGAUUUAAUUAUUUUUGGCGAAUUAAUAACAAUGGACCAGCAACAACAGCCACAACAACAUCGUCAUGGUUAUUCUGUAGACACAUCAAUGCCAUCCAUAAAUGGUUUACAUCGUUGGUCAGCACAAUUUGAAAGUUUUAUAUGGACACAUUUAGGUUGGGAUGAUUGGAGCGAUUUCACCGUUUGCAGUGUGGCCUGUGGUAAGGGCGUGCAGCAGCGCUUCCGACGUUGCCUUCUCGAUAAUCCCAUGGUCGAAAUGAAAAUGAAUUUCAAUGAAAUUGAGGAAGAAGAAAUUGAAGCUGAGGAAGAAGAGUUGGAGGUGGAAGAGCAAGUGGAACAGUACGAUGACGAUAAUGAACUGAUGGACGAUGAGGUUACGGGAGAUGCCGAGGAGGAAAAACAAUACGACGAUAUUGACAGAAUGAUAUUUGAGGAUGAUGAUGACGAUGAAAUCAUUGAACAGCUCAAAGCUAUCGACAACUAUGACAGUGCCGAUGAUGACGACGAUGGCGAACGUUCGAUGCUGAAUGCUGUUGCUGGCGGCGGUGGUGGUCAAGCUGUUGCCUUUGGCUUUAUAAAUGAACGUUAUGAAAAACCGGAUGAUGUUGCCAGGCAACGGAAUAGAGCAGACCCCGAUAACGAGGCCUUGGAUGGCGUUGAAUUGAUGACCCAAACGGAUGUAUACGAAGUGGACAACAAUAUGUUGCACUUUGUGACAGCACCAUCAGCGUCACUAGGUGAAAAAACACAAUCACGAAGGGCCAAAAAUAAACUUAAAACAAGAACAGCAACGACAACAACUGAACAACCCGAAAUUAUGCGCAUAUUUGAGGGUGAUUUCAACGAUGUCUACAGUGAACGAAUUUACAAUGAAAGUCCAUUUAAUGGUCCCCAGUUGUCGGAGGAUAAACGAGACUUGAAAAUGCACAAAAAAGGACAGCGUUCGAAACAUAAACGUCAUAAAUCAGCAAAAAUUGUGAGCACAAUGUUCUGCGAAGGCUACAAUAUCGAACAGAGAACGUGCAAUAAUUUUGAAUGUAGUGAUGAUAUCAAUGAUUUAUUGAAGUUUUAUCGAAAAUAUCCCAGUAACGAGGAAACAAGUGCGACUUCAACACAAGCAUUAAAUAACGAUUUUAAUACAGCGCCAUCAGCAGCUGUAUCUUCUUCUUCAUCAUCAUCGUCGUCUGCAGCGGCGGCAUGGACCGCCACUUCUUCAGUUACAACCGCAUCAGCAACUAAUUUUAAUGGCGGAUCUGUUCCAUCGACACAGACAAAUGAUUUGAGUCUCUGGAAUGGUUUAACAGAAAAUAUAAAUACCAUAACACCAAUACCGAAAAACACUGGCUUUGUUAAGACAUGGCAUAACUUUUUAAAUUUAAUUAUGCUGACACUGCGAGCGAAGAAUGACAGUUAUAACUCGGCGACAGCAGCUACAACGGCGACAAUAUUCUUCAUUCGCAACGGUACACACAAUCUGUACUUGGAAACAUAUCGAGAUGGUUUACACCUGUAUUUGGAAAGAGAUAAAACCACUGAAAUGCUGCCCAUUCAAUUUAAUUUAUACGACUAUCGGUGGCAUCAAGUGGCCAUAAGCAUAAAAAAUGGUGAUUUCAUAACGAUUUACAUCGAUUGUUCCUGGUCGAACAGUUUUGUCGUUUCGAAACGUUUAUUUUCAUUGCCUUUGGAUGCCGAUGUUGAAGUUGGACGAGGAUUCAAUGGUGAACUACAACAACUGCUGAUAUUACCACGACUGCAAGGACGUCGGCAAUGUUCAGACAAACGAAUAUCCAUAAAUGAAGUGAAACGUUAUAUAAUCGAUACAUUUAUCGGUGAUUAUGGGAAUUAA